GGCGGCGCCGGCGCCGGAGGAGGAGGAGGAGGAGGGGGAAGAGCGGCUGGCGGCCGCGAGAGCAGCAGCGGCGGCGAGAGGCGAGCCUGCCGGCGCCGAUUCUCAUGGAGAACUGUUAUUGAGGAGAGAUCCAUUUGUUGGGAUGUAACUAAAAAAGGAAUGAAUCAAGAUAAAACCUCUAAAUGCAAGCACCAGAAAAAUUACAACACAUCUUGGUGAAUUUGCAAGUGGACCGAGUAGCAGCGCUGUGUUCAGUUUGGUUGUGGCUCAGGAUGUGUAAUAGUUUCUGUUCAGCCAUAAGCCACGCCUGGGAGAUAUUAACUGAGUGGAGUGAUCCCUACCACUCUACCAGGACUGUCUUUCCUUGUGGGUUGGCACGCAGUUGUAGGACUGCAGAAUGGGUCUCCGGAUUCACUUUGUUGUUGACCCACAUGGUUGGUGCUGCAUGGGUUUGAUUGUCUUUGUCUGGUUAUACAAUAUUGUUUUAAUUCCCAAAAUUGUCCUCUUUCCUCACUAUGAAGAAGGACAUAUUCCAGGCAUAUUAAUAAUAAUAUUCUAUGGCAUUGCCGUAUUUUGUCUGGUUGCUUUAGUGAGGGCCUCAUUUACUGAUCCAGGAAGACUCCCCGAGAACCCUAAGAUUCCACACGGAGAACGGGAGUUCUGGGAAUUAUGUAACAAAUGUAAUUUGAUGAGACCAAAGCGUUCCCAUCACUGUAGCCGCUGUGGCCACUGUGUUAGGAGAAUGGAUCAUCACUGUCCAUGGAUUAACAAUUGUGUGGGUGAAGACAAUCAUUGGCUUUUUCUGCAGUUGUGUUUCUACACAGAACUUCUUACUUCCUACGCACUGAUGUUUUCUUUCUGCCACUAUUAUUACUUUCUUCCAGUAAAAAAGCGUAACUUGGACCUCUUUGUUGUUAGACAUGAAUUGGCCAUAAUGAGACUAGCUGCCUUUAUGGGCAUUACUAUGUUAGUUGGAAUAACUGGACUUUUUUAUACUCAACUAAUUGGCAUCAUCACAGAUACAACAUCUAUUGAAAAGAUGUCAAACUGUUGUGAAGAAAUAUCGAGGCCCCGAAAGCCAUGGCAGCAGACCUUCUCAGAAGUUUUUGGCACUCGUUGGAAGAUCCUGUGGUUUAUUCCUUUCAGGCAGAGGCAACCACUGCGAGUUCCCUACCACUUUGCCAAUCACGUCUAAACAGAUGGAUGGUGGGCACAGAUGGGUCCUCCAUGCUGGAAAUGCGUUACAGGUUUUCUGAUAAUAGAACUAUGACAGUCUUCAAGUCAAUUAAAAUCCACCCACCAAUCUUAGGCAUCAUAAUGUGCCCCAGGCUUUAUUUUAAUAGUGAUCUUGGUCUGUUGUGGGACUAAUACGAGAUCUAUAUUUAAGUUUUAAAGCAUGUUUACUUUCAAAUUAGCUUUCCCCAGGGAUUUCUUUAAAUGCUUUUGUGAUUAGACCCCAAAGGCAGUGAUUGAAAUAAAAUAAUUGUACAUAUUUUUUUUUAGUACCGACAAUGUUACAGAUUUUAAUUUAUGGGAAAUUUCAGACGUUUAUUUAGAUUUUUUCACUCUUAAGCAGUACUAACCAAAUUUGAAUUUAAUUCUUCGGGUUUACAAAAGUUGAUACAUCUUAUAUUAUAUGUAAAUUUUCUUUUUUCAAAUACAUCAUAAUUUAAAUAGCAGUACUGCCUUUUAUAUGUGCUGCAGGAUUUUCUUAAUGCAGUAUGGAAUUGAACAACAACAAAAAACCAAAAACAACAACAGAAAAAGGGCAGUGUUUUCUUAGAAGUAGCUCUCUAAUGUUUUCUGUUUUUCUCUUUGCCAAAAACAAAUUAAAAACACCACUAAAAUAAAACACCAACUACCUACCUUAUUUUAAAGGGAAGAUGAAUUUUUUUCCAUAUUAACUUUCCCACUUCUUUUCCCUGUACUGAUGUAAUUGUUGGUUGUUGUUAAAGUAAUUGCUCCAAGGCAGAAUUUUUGACCACACGGGCAUGUAUUCUGUUUUACCCUAAGAUUUUGAUGAGCAAAAGGGUAGAGAAUUUGCAAUAAUUCCACAGGUACCUUUUCCAGUACAGUUAUAUUAGAAUGCAUAUGUUUUUAAAAUGCUAGUGUACUACAUAGUGUACAAUGUACAAUAUAAGGAGGAAUAUUGUGCUUUUACAACACACACGUGGAUAUAUAUACUUUUUACUUUUAUUUACCUACUAGUCGGUCCAAAAUUACACAUUGAAGGUUUAUAUGUAAUAGAUAUUGGCCAACUAAAUAAUGAAAUUUUAUUUAUAGGAAGUUGCUAGUAAAAGUAAGUAACCUUUGUGUACCUAUAAUCACCCAAAUUGAAAUGAAAUUUUAAUCGGCCAACUGUAAAUUUGGAUUGAGAGACCUUUUGUUAGUAGCUAAUGUUAAGAAAUGACCUUACAACAAGAAAACGUAAUUAUCUAUAUUUAUCAUUAGCUUAUACAAAUUUAAGUUGCAAUGGGGAUGGUCUCUUGGAAAGCAUAGAAGAUUUGUGUGAAAAGACAUUUAGCAUGCUUUGAAAAAUUCAGCUUUUACAUUUUUUUCCAUUAGAAUACUGCAAAAUCCAUAUAUGUUUUUAGAAAAUGUAUGUACUCACAGUCUUUGCCUUGAAGAGAAGAUUGAAGGGGUCUGCUGUUCUUGGAGCAUAUCAAUAUUUUCCUUUUAGUUAGUUUUGAGAGUCAGGAGUCACACCUGAGAAAUCAUGAAACCGAACAUUUCCAUUGUCAUCCAGUUAACUAUACUGUAGUUAGUUCUUUCAGGAAUUGUAAAUAUCUUCUAAGAUAAUUGAAUAGCUGUUCUCAGAGAUAUAAAUACCAUGUCUUUUA